AAUUUCUAAGUAUAAUCGUGGUAUUAUAUUAAAAGAAACUUAAUUUGAAUUCUUACGGUAAGUAUAAUACUCUUUAAUUGUAAAUGUCUGUUAAAAGUUAAAAUAUGGAGCAAUAUGUGUGCACAUGUCGCGAUGAGUUAAAGUUCCUGCAGCAACGAGGAAUGUUGAGUAUCCUACUUCCAGAGCAUUAAGGUGUUGGUCCCCUAUCAUGAUGGCUGUGCAGCAGUAUGACCUCGUAAUACACGACACAGCAGCAUCAAUCAUCCUUCGUUGAGUUUUACUGGGGGUCCAUGAUGUUUAAGGGGAAAAAAGUAAUUUUGAAAAAUAAACCCCCAUACUCAACAUUUUCUUUGGCGCAGGAUUUUCUUGGGAUCUAACGGAGGAGCUCCUCAGAAUUCUGUUUCAUGCAUGUGAUGAGCUUCCUCUUCUUGCUUUCAAGAAGAGUCACUCUAAUCCGCAAUGGCACCAAUCAUCCCUCAUUUUCCUCCGGCAUUUUUUCAUUUCAUUCAUCAUGACUUUUUCCCAGCCCUCAAAUUCAGACAUGUUUCAAGGUAGAAACAUUACUGACCUCAUGGCAGAGGCUGCAGAAAUAUGGAGAAGGCACAUUAAUUCCUUGCCCUACCUGAGAUCCAUUUUUGGAUUCUUGUUCCUUGACAUCACUUAGUUCAUCGCUCAAGGAUUUGCUUUCAUCUAUAUGGAGGAUGAGAGAGAUGCUGAAGAUGCCAUCCGAGCACUUGAUCGAACAGAAUUUGGUCAAAAAGGACGUAGGCUUCGUGUUGAAUGGACAAAGCAUGAGCGUGGCAUUAGAAGGCCCGAGGGAGGUGGGGGUGGUUCAAGAAGAUCUGCUGCCAAUACAAGACCUUCAAAGACUCUAUUUGUCAUCAAUUUUGAUCCAUAUCACACUCGGACUAGGGAUUUGGAAAGGCACUUUGAGUCAUAUGGAAAGAUUGUAAAUGUAAGGAUCAGGAGGAAUUUUGCAUUUGUACAAUAUGAUUCCCAGGAUGAUGCCACCAGAGCAUUGGAGGCUACAAAUAUGAGCAAGCUGAUGGAUAGAGUUAUUUCGGUAGAAUAUGCAGUUCGAGAUGAUGAUGAUCGCCGAAAUGGUUGUACUGAAACUCGUGAUAGGUCACCUGAGAGAGGUCGUGACAGAAGGCGAUCACCAAGUCCUUACCGAAGAGAGAGGGGUAGCCCCAAUUAUGGCCGUGGCUCUAGUCGUAGUCCUUAUAAGGACAGGGGGAGCCCUGAUUAUGGUCGUGGCCACAGUCCAAGUCACUAUAAGAGAGAUAGAGGUAGCCCUGAGUAUGGCCAGAUCACCAGCCGUAGUCCUCCCCGAAGAGAGAGGGCUGGCUCUGACCAUGCUCGUGGCUCCAGCCGAAGUCCUUACAGGACAGAUAGGGCUAGCCCCGAGAAUAUCCAAGGCCCCAGCCCUAGUCCUUAUAGGAGAGAGAAACGAAGUGCUGAAAAUGAUGGUAGCCCCCAUCAUAGUCCUUACAGAAGAGAGAGGCGCACUUCCGACAAUGGUCAUGGAGUAGACCAUAGCCCAUAUGGAAGGGAGAGAGCUAGCCCAGAGAAUGGUCGUGGUCCCAGCCCAAGCUCUAUGCCAGAAAGAAGGGCCAGCCCUUAUGGUGGUGAAGCUGAAAGUCCAGCCAAUGAGAGAUAUCGCAGUCAAUCGCCGGCGGCGGAGGAAUGAUUAGGAUCCAGAGAAAGCAUAUGGAAGGAAGAUCUGUCUUAGUGGUAAAACUCAGUUGGAAGCAUUGUUAUUUGUUGUUCGUCUUUGGUGACAAAACCGUUUAUGCAAAUUCCAUUUAGAGCUGGAUUCUCUGACCUUUUGCUGUAGUGCAUAGUUCUAAAACGCUGGAUUUUCUAUCUAGUUUUGGUGCUAUGGGGACAUCCUGUUUUACUUUGAACUUUGAAACUCGUUUCUUUUUGUCA